GUGUGAGGGAGGCGCUGUGAGCCAAAUCUGCACUUUACAACCCAAAAAAACAGAAAAUAAAAGGAGGGGGAACUAACGGCACCGUCUUGGGGGACCAAAUCAACCAGAGAGCUGUGCUGAACAGUUCUGGCUGUCGGCGGGCAGCGCCAACUUCGAGCUCCCCGAUUAAGAGCAGCACAAGCUGAAAAACACACAGACACACAGCAGGGACGGACGGAGGGCUUUAGAGGCAGCUCCACUCUCUUUACCCCCCUCCACCCCUCCUCUCUCCCUCUCCCUCUCCCUCCUCCUCUUUUCUUCUGAGUAUAUGUGGAGGUCAGCGAGCACUCCGAUGAGAAACCGUGCUCCACGGCGAGGCGAAGUUUGCUCGUUUUCCUAACCCGGGGGGGGAGCCGAGAGAGGAGAGGAGAGGAGAGCCGGAGGAGGAGGAAGAGUUUUGAAAAGGAGGGAGAGAGAGAGAGAAAAAGAAGAGAGAGAGGGAGAGAUGGUCUUGGACGGGGCUUUGCGAGCAGCCUGGCUCUGCGUCCUGGCGCUGGGCUUCUUCGCCUUCGCCCCGUGCAAAGCUCGGAUUUACACCAACCACUGGGCUGUGAGGAUCACAGGGGGAGCCGAGCUCGCCGACCAGAUAGCCAGCAGAUACGGCUACAGAAACCUGGGCCAGAUUGGCGACCUGAAGGACUACUACCACUUCUUCCACAGCCGGACGAUAAAAAGGUCGACGCUCUCCAGCCGAGGCACACACAGCUUCAUCUCCAUGGAGCCAAAGGUUGAGUGGAUUCAGCAGCAGGUUGUGAAGAGGAGGGUAAAGCGAGAUUACAAGACUUCAUACAUGAGUGCUGUCCAGUCCAGCCCGACCCAGUCAGACUCUAUUUACUUCAACGACGCUAAAUGGAGUAGCAUGUGGUACAUACACUGUAAUGACAACAUCCAUAACUGUCCAUCGGACAUGAACAUAGUGGGCGCCUGGAAGAGGGGCUACACUGGGAAGGAUGUGGUAGUCACAAUUCUGGAUGAUGGAAUUGAGAGGAAUCACCCGGAUCUCGUACAGAACUAUGAUAACCAGGCCAGUUAUGAUGUCAAUGGAAAUGAUUUGGACCCCAUGCCCAGAUAUGACGUCAGCAAUGAGAACAAGCAUGGCACACGGUGCGCUGGUGAAGUGGCAGCAUCCGCCAACAACUCCCAUUGCACUGUGGGUAUCGCUUACAACGCCAAGAUUGGAGGUGUCCGGAUGUUGGACGGAGAUGUGACGGACAUGGUAGAAGCAAAGUCACUGAGUCUACAACCCCAACACAUAGAUAUCUACAGCGCUAGCUGGGGCCCAGAUGAUGAUGGCAAAACUGUGGAUGGGCCUGCUUCCCUCGCUAGACAGGCCUUCGAAAAUGGCAUCAGACUGGGCAGGAAGGGACGAGGCUCCAUCUUUGUUUGGGCGUCAGGUAAUGGUGGGCGGAGCCGAGAUCACUGCUCAUGUGACGGCUACACCAACAGCAUCUACACCAUCUCCAUCAGCAGCACCGCAGAGAGUGGCCGCAAACCCUGGUACUUGGAGGAGUGUGCCUCUACCCUCACCACCACCUACAGCAGUGGCGAGAAUUAUGACCGCAAGAUUAUCACUACAGAUCUAAGGCAGCGCUGUACAGACAGUCACACCGGAACGUCAGCAUCAGCUCCUAUGGCUGCUGGGAUCAUUGCUCUUGCCUUGGAAGCAAACCCUCUCCUCACGUGGCGGGAUGUGCAGCACAUCAUUGUCAAAACAUCUCGUGCCGGCCACCUCAAUGCUCCUGACUGGAAAACCAAUGCAGCAGGAUACAAUGUAAGUCAUCUGUACGGCUUUGGGCUCAUGGACGCCGAAGCCAUGGUCAAAGAAGCUGAGCGAUGGAAACCAGUUCCCCCCCAGCACAUAUGCGUAGAGAAUGCUGAUAAGCAGAUAAGGACAAUUCGUCCGGAGCACGUGGUUCGGUCCGUGUACAAGGCAACAGGCUGUACGGAUAAUGCAAAUAAUCAUGUCAUUUAUUUGGAGCAUGUUGUGGUACGCAUCACAAUUACUCAUCCACGACGAGGAGACCUGUCGAUUAACCUUACCUCUCCGUCAGGGACGAAGUCUCAGCUCCUCGCCAACAGGCUGUUUGACCACUCAAUGGAAGGCUUUAAGAACUGGGAGUUCAUGACUACCCACUGUUGGGGGGAGAAAGCUGCCGGAGACUGGAUACUCGAGAUCUAUGACACACCCUCACAACUCCGCAGUCAGAAAACUCCAGGCAAACUGAAGGAGUGGUCGCUGGUGCUUUAUGGUACCUCAGUGCACCCGUACUCAUUCCGUAGUGAGAAGCCUCGCUCUGCGGUGGAGGUUCAGGUUGAUGAAGAGUACAGUGAGGAGUAUGUGGGCCCCUGUGACCCUGAGUGCAGUGAUAAUGGUUGUGAGGGCCCUGGGCCUCAUCAGUGCAUCAACUGCCUGCACUACUUUCUCAAGUUUAAGAACAACACCAGGAUGUGUGUGCCUGAGUGUCCGUCUGGAUUUUUCCGAGACGAUAAGAGACGUUGUAAGAAGUGUACGCCUCUAUGCGAGUCCUGCGUUGGCAGUCGCAGCGAUCAGUGUACUUCCUGCCGGCCUGGACUCUACCUCCGAGAGGGAGCCAACAUGUGUGUCUAUGCCUGCCCUGAAGGCUCCUACCUAGACCAUGACACCAGCAUGUGCCGGAAAUGCAGCGAGAACUGCAAGAAAUGUACCUCCGUGAAUAUCUGCACAGAAUGCAGGCCGGGGCUCAGUCUACAGGGGAACAAAUGCCAGUUGACGUGUGACCCGGGCACAUACUAUAAUGGGCACAAACGGUUGUGCGAGCAGUGCCAUCCUGCUUGUGCUACCUGCGCAGGUACUGGUAUGGAGGCAUGCACUAAAUGUGCAGAGGGAUACUAUCUGGAGGAGUGGCGGUGUGUGCCCACCUGCAGUGCGGGAUACUACAUGGCAGAGCAUACAGAAUUCAGGGAGGUCCAGAAGUUCUGCCGCAAGUGUGACCAUACCUGUUACACAUGCACAGGCCCAGGGGAGAGGAACUGCAGCACCUGUGUGAACGGCUACAACCUAGAAAAUGGCGUAUGUGUCGUCAGCACAAUCUGCAAAGAUGGUGAAUAUUUGACAGAAAAUGGGGGCUGUAAACCGUGUGACAUUACCUGCCACAAGUGCACAGGACCAAAGAAUGAUGACUGCUUCAGCUGCUUGUUCACCAGGGUCAUGGACGAUGGACGCUGUGUAAGGAACUGCAAUUCUGGAAAGUUUGAGAGGGACUGGCAGUGUCAUCGUUGCCACCAUACAUGCCAUGAGUGCAGUGACGUGGGUCCCGACAAGUGCACCAGCUGCAACAAAGAUAGGUUUGGAGUGGAGCGCUACUUAUUUGACCACGAGUGUCGAGACAGCUGCCCAGAGGGUCACUACCCUUCCUCCAAGAACAUCUGCGAGUCGUGUCCUCCACACUGCUCGGUCUGCAGCAGCGGCAGUCUCUGCCUCCACUGCGCCGCCCAUUUCUACUCCAAAGACGGGACGUGUGUCAAGCUGGAAUGCGGAGUGGGUGAAGUGGCUGACGUGGAUGAUGAUGACUGUGUUCCCUGUGAGGAAGGUUGUCAGAAGUGCCUCAGUGUAAAUCCGAAGCACUGCUUGUUCUGUUUGGAGAACUAUUACCAAUUGGGGUCAAGCUGCCACAGAAUCUGCCCUGAGAGAACGUAUGCAGAUAACACUACCAUGAUGUGCAUGCACUGUGACGAUCAUUGUGUCAACUGUGAUGAGUCUCAGUGUUACCUCUGCGAGGAGGAAUACUACCUAUCAGGCAGCAUGUGUGUGAAGAACUGUGUGGAAGGUUUUUAUGGUGACUCGAAAAAGGAAUGCGAGCCGUGUCAUCCUGACUGCCGCUCAUGUGGUGGUCCAUUUUAUGACGACUGUGACUCGUGUGAAGACGGCAUGCGUCUGGUGGAUGGCAAGUGCAUCGACAUCAGUAGAGUGGUCAAGUGUCCCACUUCCCACUUCGUCAACAAGCAUUAUGAAUGUGAGCAAUGCCAUUCUUUUUGUAUGCUGUGUUCGGGGCCUGGGAAAGACCAGUGUAAUACCUGUAAGGAUGGUAUGUUUCUAGUUGCUGAAAAGCAGACUUGCGUAUCAUCCUGUCCUGCGGGUGCUUAUGGGAACAAGACAAGUGGGCAUUGUGAGGAUUGCCUGCCGGGCUGUGCCUUGUGCCAGGAGGCUCAUCGCUGCCUCAAAUGCAGAGCUGACCAAGCCCAGCUCUACCUACAGAAUGGCUUGUGUGUCACAGAGUGUCAAAGGGGUUACCCCAAUGACGGCGAGUGCCGUAGCUGUGCUGAAGGAUGUGCCUCGUGUGAGGACGGUGCUGAUCACUGUCUGAGCUGUGACCAGCAGUACCUCCUCCAUAAAUACACCUGUGUGAGCCACUGCCCAGAGAACUACUAUGUCAAAGAUGAUGCGUGUGAGCACUGCCCCCAUAGAUGCACCCAGUGUGAAAGAAAUGGCAAAUGCAGUGAAUGUGCUCAGUACUACUUCUUGCAUGAGGGUAAAUGCCUGGACGACUGUCCCAAAGGCUACUUUACAAAUGUGCAAGAGAAGAAGUGUGAACGUUGUCAUGACGACUGUGCAGCAUGUGAUGGGCCGGACGCUGACGACUGCAUAUCGUGUUCGUAUCCUUCAGCGGUCCGCUACAAUGGAGCGUGUCUGUCCAGCUGCCCUUCAAACACAUACCGAGACGGCACUGAGUGCAGAGACUGUGAUUGGUCCUGCCUGACAUGCUCUGGCCCUCACCCUUCCUCGUGCCUCAGCUGCGGACCCAAGAUGAAGUUAGAUGCUAACAGCCACUGUGAGUCAUUCAGCAGAUGUUCUUCCAACACUUUUGAAGAUGAAGAUGGGGAGUGCAGAGCGUGUCACUCCAGCUGCCUCUUCUGUUCAGGCUCUGGCAAAGAUCAGUGCCUCAGCUGCAGCCCUUCUUACUACCUGCACAAUCACAUGUGUGUUGCCAUGUGUCCGGAUGGUUACUACAGUGACCAGGAUACGCGCGAGUGCGUCAAGUGCUAUGUGACAUGUGCAACAUGCCAGGGGCAUCACAGCACCAACUGCCUCACUUGCAAAGCAGGCCACUUCAGGCUGGGAAACAGCUGCGUGGAGAAUUGUCCUCCAAGUUUCUAUGGCAACACUACUAAUGGAACGUGUGAGGUAUGUGACCCCUCGUGUGCGGAAUGCUCGGGCAGCGGUAACAGCCACUGCCUAGGCUGCAGAGAUGGCUAUUUCCUGUUAGCGCAGAAGGGGAUUUGUCUGCAUACGUGCCCAUCCAACUACUUCCCCAACACUCAGGAGAAAGUGUGCCAACACUGCCACCCUUCCUGCAAAACUUGCAAAAGUUCGGGCGCUCUGCAGUGUACGUCAUGCUACGAGGGCUUCCGACACUUUGGAGGAAUUUGUUCAUCCCAGUGUCUUGGUGGACAGUAUGCCAUCUCCACGAGCCCAGAGGUGGAGUGUGUACCAUGUCACUCGUCCUGUACUGAGUGUACGGGCCCAGGGCCCUACAACUGCACCAACUGCCAUGCUCUAGAGCGCCUCACUGAGGAUGGGAGAUGUUUGUCCUGCUGUGGAAACAACAAGCGUAUGGACUCCUCGCCAGUGCCCUGGGAGUGCUGCAGCUGCGGCGAUGCUCUCUCUCUAGACUGGUGCAUCCUCGGGAUCAACUUUGACUUCCACACCAGAGAGCAGGUCCCUGCAGGUAACCCCGCUCUCGUUGCUGUCGUAGCCAUAUUCCUGCUGCUGGCCAUAGGAGUGGUGGUCCUCCUUUUCAUGCACUGGCGCCCCAAACUGCCCUCCUUUCCAUCUAACAAAUCAAAGGGCUACAGCAAAGUGGACAAAGAGCCCUCCUUUACCACUGCCACCCUGCGGGACAGCAUUCAGUCAGAGUACUGCGAUGGAGACAAUGAUGAAGAGGAGGACAAGGACAGUGAAGAUGAGAUCGUGUACAUGGGGCAGGAUGGCGUGGUGUACAAGAAAUUUAAGUAUGGCCUUUUAGAUCAAGAAGAGGACGACGUGGAGAUGGAGUAUGACGACUCCAUCUAUGCCUUCAGAUGAAGUGUGUAGGACUGAAGCAUGUGGGACUCUUUAGUAGCACUUUUCCACUUUUGCUGGCUGCCAGAAAAUUAUUUAUUAGAAGUGUGUUAAGAAAAAUGAAGAAACAAUGAGAUAAAUAUGAAUACGUAAUCAGUAAUGUCAAUAAAAGUAUUGAUAUACUGGGAAAAUAAAAUAUUGAUGCUUCAAACAACAA